CACAGGUCAAACAAAAACACACAGCAGGGACUGAAGAAGAAACGAAAGUGAAAGUGUAGCUUGAGUUGACAGGUGGACAAAUAAUCAAGGGAACACAAGAAAGAAGAGCACAGCGAUGCCUAUCACGUUCAGUGGAUGGGAGGCCUACUGCGAAAACUUUAAGCAGCUGCAACCAGGCCAGGCCCCCAAAAAAAGCCAUGGCUACACCAUGUUCCACGGGACACACAAGAACAACGCCCAAGCAAUAAUAACUUCAGGAUUCAAGCCUUCAACCGGGGGAACACUGGGUCCUGGCGUCUACUGCAGCAGGGAUAUUAACAAAGCCAUGUGUUACCCACUAUGUGGUUCUAAUGACAGAGUAGUGUUCAAACUGCAGGUGAGAGUGGGCAAGGUAAAGAAGAUUGAUAACCAGUGCAUGCAUCUGCAGACCACAUGGCAUCAACAUGGAUAUGACACAGCCUGGCUGCCCGCCUCUGUGCUUGGCCUUGAGGAAGACUGUGUAUGGGACCCAAAACGUCUCACAGUUGUAGGUAUAGCACACUGUGAGGACGCUGGCAUGAAGAAUUCUUUGGAGAGUCUCAUAAAGCAGCAAGAACCAGGACAAGAGGCAAGUGAGUCAACAGGGAAACUUUGCAAGAGCUGUGGAAUGCAAACACAGGACACACACACUGUGAAGAAGUGCUGGAUCUGUAACGCAGCCAUAUGUGCCUUCAUGAGUAAACAUGUAUGCUCGAAGAAGUGAUUACUCACCCACUUUCUCCUCUUUGAUUCACUAAUGACUUUUUCCUUAGCCAACAAUAUACUGUGAUAAUUUGUAUCUAUAUCACUAGACAAUAACUUGCAUGUAAUUCGUAAUUCCAAGUGCUGAGUCUUGGUUUCUCCCAAAGUGACUGCUUCGUUCUAGAUCUAAAUCUUUAAAAAAAAAAAAACAUUUCUUGUCAAUGUCACUCUUCGUUUACUCACUGUUUUCUGUAAAACUGCUUUGAGAUUAUUUGUAUUGUAAAAUGUGGCAUUAAAAAA